AUGCCUGCGCCAAUGGACGCCAGCUACCUAACCACCCAGGUCACUACGAUCAUAGGCCAAUUGCAUUCGAUAUUCGACGAGAUCGGGGUGCCGCGCAAUGAACGAGAAUCCAGAGAAACAGAGCUGUUCUCUGCUUUGUCUGAGACGCUACAUAACCAGCUACGCCUGGUCAACAAUGAGAAGAAUGAAAUGACCGAAGAAGCACACAAUAUCAUCAAGACAAUCAAGCAGAUGGAAGCAUCGCUGGACGAUGAAAAGGACAGAGGCUACGACUUGGACACCGACGGGCUGCGCGUGACCUAUCCCCUCAUUGAUUGUUUACGCGACCUCAAAGAGAAAUACAAUGUCGUUAGCAGACUGCAUCGCGAGCGCUUCGAACAAGUCAAGAAACUGGUUCAAGCUCUCGAGUCUUACUCUUCGCAUCUCGAGUCGUCCUUUGUCAAGAUCCGCCUGCCACCAACUUCCUCCAACAGCUGUCCACCGAACUUCGACCUCUCCCCCUCCUACGUGACGACCCUCGACGAAGAGUUCUCCAGAGUAUAUGAUGAAUACAAUAGGAGGACGCUGCUUGUUCAACAAAUAGCGGAAGAGAUCGUGAGACUGUGGUCGGAUCUGGGUAUCCCUCAAGCCCAGACGGAUUCCUUGAUUGUGCAACAUUACCGCGACUCACCAGAACAGUUGGGUCUCCAUCAGGCAGACUUGGACCGCCUUCGAAGCCGUCGCGACAAGUUGUUGGAUGAGAAGAAAGGUCGUGAAAAGAGACUGGGUGACUUGAAAAAGAACAUCGAGUCUUUAUGGGACCGGUUGGGGAUCGAGGAACCUGACCGAAAAGUGUUCCUGGCCACCAACCGCGGCUGCGGGUUACGAACCAUCAACGAAUUCGAAGACGAAUUGGCCAGACUAAACGAGCUCAAGAGACAAAAUCUUCAUUUGUUUGUCGAAGAUGCUCGCGUCAGACUUCAAGAGCUCUGGGACGCACUGUACUUUUCCGAGGAGGAGAUGCUCGAUUUCACCCCGGCCUUCUCUGACGUGUAUAGUGACGCUCUACUGUCAGCUCACGAGGCUGAGAUUGAACGACUGACCACGCUCAAAGAACAGCGAGCCCCGACUCUGGCGGCCGUGGAAAAGUACAAGUCGUUGAUUGCCGACCGCGAUGCUUUGGCCGCCUCGGCAAGUGAUGCGUCAAGACUACUAUUGAAGCCGCAAAAGGGAGAAAAGCGCGAUCCUGGAAAACUACUCAGGGAGGAGAAGAUGAGGAAGCGGAUUGCAAAGGAAUUGCCCAAGGUCACAGUGGAGCUGAAGAGGACUCUGCAAAAGUACGAGGAUGAAUAUGGCCGACCAUUCUUGGUCCACGGCGAAAGAUUCCUCGACGAGAUUGAAGAGAAGGAAGUCAAAGCUCCUCCAGCACGAUCCAAGACCCCCAACAGCCAUCAGCCGAGAUCGAAGACCCCGGCACCUGCACAAGCUUCCUCCAAACCAGCUGCCGGCGCAUCAAGGACUGGCUCGACAGCUCGACCUCAGAGUGUGAUGAGAGGUCCUCCACCACGUUCAACCACAAAGACACCCACCGCCGGGAUGGUCAGACAUCAACAACCAGCACCCGCAUUGUUGUCGACAGCAUCUCACUCGCAAUCCAAAUCACCUUCCAAGAUCCCGGCUCGUUUACCUCUAGGCAAUCUCAAGCACGGCAGCAAUUCUCCUGAACGUCGGGCUGCACAACACUCACAACCAGCUUCAAGGAGCGUACAGCAGCAUCAGCCGCAUGAGGCCGUCCCGAACUUCUCGCAGAGUGGCAGAACAAUGGGCCCUCCUCGAGCACCGCCACCGAAGAUGAGAGAUCUCUUCGUUCCCCCUGAACCGAGUCCACCUGCCACCAUGACCACUUCUUCUUCCCACGCUCAACCUCCACAACCUUCCACCCGACCCACUAGCACCAUAUCCUCCGGCUCGAACGAGAGCAGUCGCUACAUCCGCCCCAUAAGUCCCGAAGAUGUGUAUGACGAUCGCGAGAGGAUGUCGUACAUGUCAACAUCGCUGUUGAACCGGGAUCGGGACCGCCCACAGCAGCAGCAGCAGCAGCAACAACAAUCACAGCACUCUCAACCCGACUCCUACAUCCCUGAUCAACCUUCUCACUCAAUGUCGACUUCAACCUCAAUACGCGGCCAUAGCCAUAGCCACGGCCCCGGCAGCCGUCCUCACCCUUCAGCCCCACCGUCGACCAUGUCCGCCACUUCCCGACAAACGUCCAACACUUCAUCAAACAUGACUAACGGAACUACCGCGAGCGGGAGCGAGAACUGGGAAACCUACUCGGACGGAUCGGAGAUGGAACCCGAACGAGAUGUCCGCGACACGUACUACUCCAAAGUCCACGCCGCCGCAGCCACCACGACGACCGCGACGACGAAUGCCCUCGGUAUGAGCCAUAACCUGAACGGCAAGAGACCCAUGACUGCGGGCGGAGGUGUCAGCGGUGCUGGUGGUGCCGAUGUCGCGCUGUUGUCAGGCCAGAUGGGCCCUCCACCUGCUAAGAUCAGAGUGCAUGCAAAUGGGAACCAGAACCACGGCCACACCGUCCAUCUUCAUCACGAUGCCCAUGUCCAAGCCUAUGCCCGACAGCCAGACUGCGGUCCUCGCCGCCCUCACCAGAGCCAAUCCCAUGCGUAUCAGCAGUAUGAACGGUUCCGAGAAAUGUCGGAUGAAAACGUCGAUACUACGGCGGCGGCCACUGCUGGUGGUAUCGCUGCUUCAGGAGUCAGGAUCGAGGGCAGUGACGCCGCUUGGAGCACCGAGCUGGAAGAGACCUAUUGA